AUGGAAUUCCUGCUCGGUGGUGCCUCAUCGAUGUGUGCCGUGCUGUUUACGAACCCGUUCGACGUGCUGAAGACACGCCAACAGCUGGAGGGUGAGCUGAUAGCGAAACAGAAUCUCAAGCAGCGCGCCUACAAGGGCAUCCGCCAGUCCGUGCUGACCGUCGUCCGGACGGACGGUUUGCGCGGUCUGCAGAAAGGGCUGCCGGCCGCCCUAAUGUACCAGUUUUCGAUGAACGGUGUCCGGCUGGGGACGUACCAGACGGCGGAGAAUCUCGGCUGGACGAAGAGCACCAAACAUCCCUCACUGACACCGUUGCUGUCACUGUUCUGGGGCGGGUGUGCUGGGCUGGCAAGUGCUACCGCAUCCUGCCCAUUCUACGUGGUGAAGACACAACUGCAGGCCGUCACAUCUGGAUCGUACACGGCCCGCUUCCAGCAUCAUCACCGUGGCACCGUGUCGGCGUUUGUGAAUAUCUUCCGGCAGAGUGGCAUUCGUGGGCUGUUCCGAGGGUAUACGGCUACCCUCGCCCGGCUGGUCGUUGGAUCAUCCGCCCAGAUGUCAUCGUUCAGUGCGUGCAAAGAGUUCUUCCUGCGCUACCAAGUGUUCCGGGAGUCUAUUGUGCUGACCGCACUGGCCAGUAGCACUGUGGCGGGAUUUCUAACCAGUGUCCUAAUGUCACCGUGCGAUGUGGUGACGACCCGCAUGACCAACCAAGCCGUAUCUGCCAGCGGGAAAGGGUUGUUGUACACGAACAUCUUCGACUGCUUCCUGAAGAUCUAUCGAUCGGAAGGCAUCCACGGUUACUACAAGGGAUUCGUGCCAAUGUACCUGCGGGUGGCACCACACACGAUGCUCAACCUCACCUUCUGGGAGUUCUUCAAGGGUCUCCACGAACGUUACGGCAAACAGUGA